AUGUCCAUGCAGAUUUUUGGCAACGAGGCGACAGAGGAAAAGGCAGAGAAUGCCCGUCUUGCGUCCUUCGUCGGCGCACUCGCCGUCGGUGACCUCGUCAAGUCCACCCUCGGUCCAAAGGGGAUGAACAAAAUACUUCAGUCAACCUCUACCGGCGAUAUAAACGUCACAAACGAUGGAUCUACCAUCCUAAAAUCUAUCCAGCUCGACAACGCAGCCGCAAAGAUCCUCGUCAACAUAUCGAAGGUACAAGACGACGAACUCGCAGCAGAGCUUCUGAGGGAAGCAGAAAAGUUGAUUGCGAUGAGGAUACAUCCACAGACCAUCGUAGAGGGCUACCGCAUCGCAAGCGUAGCCGCCUUGGAUGCACUACAGAAAGCAGCUGUCGAUCACGCGUCCGAUCCAGCUCAAUUCCGUGAAGAUUUGUUCAACAUCGCACGGACGACGCUAUCGUCCAAAGUGCUCUCACAAGACAAAGAUUACUUUGCUAAUCUCGCCGUGGAGGCCGUGCUGAGACUAAAGGGCUCGACAGACCUCGAACACAUCCAGAUCAUAAAGAAAGUCGGCGGAAAACUAACCGAUUCCUAUUUGGACGAAGGUUUUAUUCUCGACAAAACAAUCGCCGUUAACUCGCCAAAACGCAUGGAGAACGCCAAAAUAUUGGUCGCCAACACUUCGAUGGACACCGACAAAAUAAAAGUUUUUGGCGCCAGACUGAAAGUAGACUCGACCGGAAAACUCGCAGAACUCGAACGCGCCGAACGAGAGAAGAUGAAAGCCAAGGUCGAGGCUAUCGCCGCACACGGAAUAAAUUGUUUCGUUAACCGCCAACUCAUAUACAACUAUCCCGAAUCAAUCCUCACUGAGAAGGGAAUCAUGGUCAUCGAGCAUGCCGACUUUGAGGGCGUAGAAAGGUUGUCGCUCGUCACUGGAGGAGAGAUCGCCAGCACGUUCGACCGUCCGGAUCUAGUGAAGCUCGGUAGAUGUGAUCUCAUCGAGGAGAUCAUUGUUGGCGAAGACAAGCUCAUAAAAUUCUCCGGUGUCGCCGCUGGUGAGGCCUGCACCGUCGUUUUACGCGGCUCUACACACCAAAUGGUAGACGAAGCCGAACGCUCGCUACACGACGCUCUAUCAGUUCUUUCCCAGACCGUGAAAGAGACCCGUGUCGUCCUCGGUGGUGGGUGCUCAGAAAUGCUGAUGAGCUGCGCCAUCGACGAAGCCUCCCGGAAAGUCAAGGGCAAGAAGGCUAUCGCAGUCCAGUCGUUCGCACAUGCGCUCAGGCAGAUUCCAACGAUUCUUGCUGAUAAUGCUGGGUACGAUUCUAGUGAUCUCGUGACGCGUCUGAGGGCUGCGCACUACGAGGGACAAUCAGAUGCCGGGCUAGAUAUGAAUGAAGGGACGAUCGCCUCGAUGAAGAAGCUCGGUGUAACCGAGAGCUAUAAACUCAAACGACAAGUCGUACUGAGUGCCAGCGAGGCUGCAGAGAUGAUUAUUCGGGUGGAUGACAUUCUCCGUGCGACGCCCCGGAAGCGUGAAGCCGUGUAG